UUCAAUCAAACCACUUCUCGGAAAACUAUAAAACUGGAGGGAGGAGCCAACCCGCCACAAAUUAUACAGGCACAUUCAAACGCGAGCAAUACGUGCCUCAUGCGAAAACAUACGCACGUGAUCCAUCUUCGUCUCUCAAAAUUUGCCGUCUAUCUGGUUGGUAGCAAAGAACAUCUGUUAAAUGAGAGGAUGUCUUCUCCAAGCAAGAGAAGAGAUAUGGAUGUAAUGAAAUUGAUGAUGAGUGACUAUGCUGUGGAGCCAAUCAAUGAUGGGAUUAGUGAAUUCAAUGUGGAAUUCCAUGGACCAAAAGAAAGUCUUUAUGAAGGUGGUGUUUGGAAAAUCCAUGUGGAGCUACCAGAUGCUUAUCCAUACAAGUCUCCUUCCAUUGGGUUUCUGAAUAAAAUAUUUCACCCUAACGUUGAUGAGAUGUCUGGUUCUGUAUGCUUGGAUGUCAUCAACCAAUCAUGGAGUCCAAUGUUUGAUCUUUUAAAUGUAUUUGAGGUUUUCCUUCCACAGCUGCUGCUUUAUCCAAAUCCUUCAGACCCACUGAAUGGUGAUGCGGCAUCUCUAAUGAUGAAGGAUAAGAAACAGUAUGAAGAAAAAGUGAAAGAGUACUGCGAACUUUAUGCAAAAAAGGAAAAUAUCAGCAAGACACUCUCAGAAGAUAGCAAUGAAGAUAACAGCGAUGAGGAAAUUAGUGACGGAGAAAGCACAUCUAGCGAUGAUAAUGUUGCUGGUGAUGCAGAUCCUUGAGGGGUGCCAAUCUGUUUGAUAUUUACCUGUCCUUUUCAUUAUUUUUCAGUUACUAGUUGGUCAUUUAUUCAAUUGCUUGUAAAUUAAUGAAGGAUUAGUUAAAAGAGAAACCUUACAUUUAUAACAAAAAUGGUGUUUAUCAAGGACAUUAGAUGUAGUGAAAAUAUGUAAUCGUAAAUAAAUACAGUGGAAACCUGGUAUUUAGUUUCCUCUUCCGUGGCAAGUUGUAUGCAAUUAUCAUUUGAAUUACUUAUA